AUGAAGAAAUACUUUGGCCUCAGAGGUCAAGCCCUCAACUGGGCCAUCGGCACCAUUGCCGGCUGUGACUUUCUCCUCUUUGGUUACGACCAAGGUGUCAUGGGCGGCAUCCUGACACUCCCCGUCUUCCUCAACCAGUUCCCCGUCAUCAACCCAGAUGCUGCCAUCGACGCUGGCGACGCGUCUCAACGCUCCACCUAUCAGGGCAUUGCCGUGGCAUCUUACAACCUGGGGUGCUUCAUCGGCGCCAUCAUCACCAUCUUCAUCGGCAAUCCCCUCGGUCGUCGGCGCAUGAUAUUCCUCGGUACUUCCAUCAUGAUUAUCGGUGCUAUCCUACAGGCCUCCGCCUUUACUCUGGAGCAUUUCAUCAUUGGCCGUAUUAUAACAGGUCUUGGCAACGGUGGCAACACGUCUACCGUUCCCAUGUGGCAGUCUGAAACAUGUUCCGCACACAGAAGGGGGAAGCUGGUCAUGAUUGAGGGAGCCCUCAUUACGGGCGGCAUCAUGAUUUCAUACUGGAUCGACCUUGGCUUGUCCUUUGCUCCUGGCUCGGUUGCUUGGCGCUUUCCGCUGGCCUUCCAGAUCGUCUUCUGCGUCUUCAUUCUCGCCUUUGUCCUUGGCCUGCCGGAGUCGCCUCGGUGGCUCAUUCUCAAGGGUCGUGAAGAAGAGGCAAAAGAGGUCAUUGCCGCCAUCGCAGACGUCGACAUCAAGGAUAGGCACGUCGAGAACGAGUUCCAUGCCAUCAAGGAGACGGCCAUGGAGAUGAGCAAGGGCACCUACGGCGAGCUCUUUGCGAGAGACCACAACCGCACACUCCACCGCACGCUUAUCGCCUAUGUCAACCAGAUGUUCCAGCAGAUUUCCGGCAUCAAUCUCAUUACCUACUAUGCUGCCAAGAUCUACUCCGACCUUGGCAUGACUCCGUUCAUGUCCCGUCUGCUCGCGGCCCUCAACGGUACCGAGUACUUCAUUGCUUCCUGGCCUGCGGUUUUCCUUGUCGAGCGCGUUGGACGUCGCAAGCUCAUGCUCUUCGGUGCGGUUGGUCAGGCAGUCACCAUGGCCAUCCUCGCUGGCGUCAACUCGCGGGAUGAGAAGCCUUACCAGAUUGCGGGCAUCGUCUUCUUGUUUGUGUUUAACACCUUCUUUGCAGUUGGCUGGCUGGGCAUGACGUGGCUGUAUCCGGCCGAGAUCACCCCUCUAAGUACUCGUGCUCCGGCCAACGCUCUGUCGACCUCUUCGAACUGGAUCUUUAACUUUUUGGUUGUCAUGAUCACCCCCGUAUCCUUCACCAACAUCAAGUGGAAGACGUAUGUUGUCUUCGCCGUCAUCAACGCUUUCAUGGUCCCAUGCGUCUACUUCUUCUUUCCCGAGACCGCCUACCGCUCUCUGGAAGAGAUGGACUCCAUUUUCCAGAAGGUCAAGGGUUUCCGCGGAACCUUUGACGUCAUCCGCCAGGCCGAGAUCGAGCCGCGGAGAUAUGGCAAGAAUGGCGAGCUCCUCAUUCCGGUAGACGAGGUUGAUGAGAAGGCCCAUGCGGAGCACCAUAACGGGAACAGCAGCGAUGGAAGCAACGGUGCCGACGCCAACAAGAAGAUGUUUAUUGGCAUUGACGAGGAGAGUGCUCGCAAAGUGGGGUAA